GCUCCCCUUCUUCCUCUCAGGCCAGCAUGGCGGCGCCCACGGAGGAACCGGCUUCGGCUUCCGCCUGGCUUUGAGCAGGGCCCUCCCCUCCCUCCUCCCUCCUCGCUGUCAUCCCUGCCGCGCCCUUUUCGCCGCCAAAGAGCCCGGAGCUGGAUGGCGAGGGAGAGGCCGGUCCCUGGCGCCCCAGGUUGCGCUACACGGGUAUCUACUGCACCAAAACCAUUCCCACAGCUCCCUUUGAAACUUUGAACCACGUUUUGCUGGAGUAAAAGCACUGCUGAGUCCCAAAAUCUGAGAAUGUCUCAGGACCAAGACAUGCCGGGUUCAAGUGAGGGAAAACCAGACAAGUUGGAGGAUAACCAACAGGAAAAUGCAGAGAACUCGGAGCAGUCGGUCAGGAAGAAGAUCCGACAGAAUCCCCCAACUCCCAGCAGAAGCGACACCCUGGAACCAAGCCCCCCUCAGUUUGUGUCAAUGGAGGAAUUGAUGGAAACUGCAAAAGGCGUUACCAACAUGGUGUUGGCCCAUGAGAUUGUUGUCAAUGGCGGCUUCCAGAUUAAGCCAUCUGAUUUGCCAGAAAACAGCCUUGAAAAACGAGUGAGAGAUAUUGUCCACAAGGCCUUUUGGGAUUGUUUGGAAACCCAGUUAAAAGAAGACCCACCAUCGUAUGAUCAUGCAAUUAAACUUGUGGGAGAAAUCAAGGAGACGCUCUUGUCUUUUUUGCUGCCUGGGCAUACUAGAUUAAGAAAUCAGAUUACGGAGGCUCUAGAUCUAGAACUGAUCAAACAGGAGGCUGAGAAUGGUGCGCUUGACAUUUCUAAGAUGGUUGAAUUCAUCAUUGGGAUGAUGGGGACCCUCUGCGCUCCAGCCAGAGAUGAGGAAAUUAAGAAGCUGAAAGACAUUCAUGAAAUUGUUCCCUUAUUCAGAGCAAUUUUCUCUGUGUUGGACUUGAUGAAAAUGGACAUGGCGAACUUUGCUGUUAGUAGCAUUAGGCCACACUUAAUGCAGCAGUCGGUUGAAUAUGAAAGGAAGAAGUUUCAGGAAUUAUAUGAGAAACAGCCAAACUCCUUAGACUUUGUUACUGCAUGGCUGCAAGAAGCUGCAGAUGACUUGAAGUCCAGAGCUGCGCUUGCCGUGGAUGAUGGUACAACGUCUGCCAGUGGAACUGCUGUCCUUUGCCCUGUUGCCAUACAGAACCAUGCCUACCUUAAGCUGCUCAAGUGGAACCAUUUACAGAAGCCUUUCCCAGAGACUGUGCUAAUGGACCAAAGCCGCUUCCAGGAAAUGCAGUUGGACUUGGACCAGCUUAUUUUAACUGGGGCUGUUCUUCUGGUAACGUUAAGUGCUGCAGGCACCGCUCUUUCUGGGUUGCCAGGCUUUUCUGACAAGCUGAAAAUGGUCAUCCGAGUGCUGUUGUCGGGGCUGCACCUUCCCUCCUUCAACCUGAAUGAAGCUUUGGCUAUCCUAAGUGAAAAGAUUUGUGCUGAAGUUAAUAGUAGUCUUUCCCAACAUGGAUACACACCUUUCACGGCAGAGAAAGAGACUGUACUUAAAGGACAGGUUCAGGCACUGGCCAGUCCUGAUAACUCUGUAUGCAAACUAAUAGAUUCAAGGAUCCAGGCCUAUCUGGAGAGUUAUCUUGCUUCUGGCCACCAGAAAUCCCUUCCUGCGGUUCCUGGGGGAUUGAGCUCUGUUCAGAAAGAGCUGGAGGAAAUUGCUGUCAAGUACGUCCGCCUUGUCAACUACAACAAGAUGGUCUUUAGUCCUUACUAUGAUGUGGUCCUCAACAAAAUACUGAAUAAAGAAGAAUCGCCUAAGCUGUGUGGUUAAACCAAGAAAUGCAAAACAGAAUGCUUUUGUGCAAGACCCUCUGCAGUCGGGUUUAAAUCCAAAACAAGACAGUAGAAGGAUGCAUAUCCAUAUUAAUAGUCGUGUUUGUCAAAAUUGUCAGAGUUGCAAGGCAGAAGGGUCUCUCAUAAUCUGUUGGGCAUCUUUACAUUCAGAUUUGUCACUGUCUUUCCCCUCCUACCCAAAGACUCAUGCUAAAGUCCAGAAGCUUCCAAGUGGGACAGAUAAGGUUAGGAACUUUGGGAGGGGAAAGGAGCAGGCGAGGCAGAAUGACAUGAAUUGUAUUGAUUUCUCCUCCACUCCCCGAGUUUAUUAGAGCUCAGAGGACAAUAUCAGUGUGCUGUUGGAAUGGUGUGGAGAUCGCAUCACACUCCCUGCCCUACUUCUUUGGACUGUUUUUGUGGAGGGGAGAGGUGUGGGAAGACUUCCUCUCGCCUUUCUCCUUGUGUAAUUAUCCGUUUUAUUGUGCCACAGGAGUUCCAUCUAAAGAAGCCUGCUUCUGUGCAGGAAAUAGUAUUAUUGGAUCAAGGUGGUUAACUUUUCUCUAGGAAAAAAACACCUUUCCAAAAUAGGUUUCCUGUCAAACAUUUCAGUAAAUAAAUAGUAUGAGUGCAGAAGGGAUCCUCCAAUGAUACACACAAAAAUACAUGAAAUACUGCAGCUUCUUCACUAGUUCAGAGAAAGAGCUAGUGGUGAAAUAUGGCCAUAUGUACAAGCAGGAUUAUAGCUGAUGAAAACAUUCUUUUAGCAUGUACUGCGAUGGAAAAGUUAGUAAAUGUCUCUUUUUCUAGACCAAGUUACAAGGUUCUUAACACCUACUCUAACAACUGUUCAGCAUGGUCAAAAUCUGGAUACUGGUAGAUAAAGCACUUUAUAUGUAGCCUGCAAGCCAAGGCUCUUAGUCUUUCUGCCAACUAUGGCUUUUUCUCUAGCCUUUGUUUCUCUACACUGCAGAUAAUUCUACCAAAAACAUAUAUAAACUAUAUUUUUGUAGAGUAUUUUCUGGUUCUUCAGUACUUCAGUAUUCACAAGACCUUCUGUAGAUUAAGGUGGAGUUUCUCUCAAAAGUGUGAAAACAGAUAUCUCUUUUGAGAAGAGUUGUGGUUUUAAAAAUGCUGAUAGAAUGCAGUGCUAAUAUAAAUAAGGAAAACUUUAUACCUGAAUGUGAUGAAUAAAUAAAUAGUGUGAAAGACUCCAUAAAUGCCAAUGGGAAAGCUGAACACUUUCUUAAAUGUCUCCCAUUGAGACCGGUCGGAUUAAGUCUGUUGAUCUAGAAAUUACCAAAGUAAAAUAAAAUCCCUAUUUCUAAAUGAAUUGGUUUGGGCCACUGUAUAUGGGAGCUUAGGCCCAAACUUACAGCACUUAUUAAUACAUGAAUAUACCGUGAAUGAGAAAAUGCCGCUGGGUAAUUUGUAACACUAAGGCUGCAAACUUGCAGCGUUACAAGUUGCAUUAGCUGCACCAAACCCAGAGCUAAUGUAGAUAAUUGACGUUGACAUUGUCUGGAUUGUAUGUAUUUGGUUGAAACUAUUGCUAAUUUAAAUCUGUUGAUGUUUUUCUUCAGUGUUUAUGUUAAGAUGGACUUCACUUUCUGUGCAUCAUUAACUUAUAUGUAUAAUAAAUACACAUAUUUUUUGCCAGUAGUUCACACGUUCCAGCUGCAAAUAAUUAGCAAGUGCUUCAGUGGUUUUUCUGGUUUUCAUGCUUGUCUUUUUGUUAAUUUAGUACUGUUUGUGAAGUCGAAGGUGACCCCCCGCCCCCAAAUAAAAGAUAGUAACUUAUUGUUUUGCUAAGGACAAGGACAUCAGGCUGGAUAAUAAGGGUUAAGUCUUGGUCAGUUUGCAAAGGCACUCACAACAAGGACCCUUCCCAUGUUAGAUAGUGUGUACAUUUAAUCAAGGCUUUAUGUCCUAUAUUUCAUAUAUUUAUAGCAGAAAGUAACUAAUUUAUUACUGGAAACCAUGUCAAAAAAGGUAUGUGACCUUUGCCAAGCCCAGCUUCCCUUCCCCCUUUUGCUAACCUUUGGCCUAGAAAUGUAGAUUUUCUCUUUUGUGUUAGAGCUGUUGACUGGGGUAAGAAACAAUUAACUGAGUCUUUAGUUCUCAGGCAGAAGGCCCUUUGUCAAAAGCUGGGCAGAGGAGGGUUUGCAUUUCUGGGCUUUUGGUCUGGGGGCUGGCAAGAGAAAAAAGCCCAGUGAAAAAUAUAUUUUAUAAUCUUGCCCUCAUUUCUCAAAUUUGAAAUGUAUCUUUCUCUCUCUGUAUCACCUUGACACACAUUUGUUCCUUUAGACUAGACUACUGCCCAUUUUGCUCUUUUUCCCUUGCCAUUCAUUUCCCCCUCCUCUCUCUAUUUCUAACUACCUAACCCAUAAUCCCCUUGUGCCAGAUUUCCUAUCCCUUGCACCGCCUCCCAGUUCUAGGGGAACACCAAAAGCCUUUUUUUGCCUGCUGGGCUGCUGAGGAACUUCUAGAAUCCCUUUUCUUUGUCCUCCAUGGGAAACACAGGGGCGAUCGGAGCCCCUUGAAAGCCCCACGUAUAAUAACCUGUGUUUGUCUCCCAACACAAUGGGGAUGCUGGAUCUUGUGUUCCUCCCCUAUUGUGAGCCCCACAUGUGUCGCCUAUCAAUUUUAUAUUUUUAUUAUUACUAUUAUUCUUCAUGAUAUCUUGCCCCUUAUAAAAUGAAGCAAAGUGACCUCGCUGUGAACUCUGGCCAAACAUGCCUCGACCUGCAUGUGGGGACUUUGAACCUGAAAACUGUAUAAAAGUGCAUGCUUUGCUAUGUUAUGUCAGCUUAUUUUUCACAAACUAUCGCAGGCUGGCAUCACUUUCAGCUGAAAUUAAAUAAAAUUCUUCGGUGUCUUC